AAGCUAAUGGAUACAUUCCCUUUGUGCGUAAUUGCAACCGUUCUCGGAGCAGAUUUAGGGUCGACAGGGGAAGAAAAAUAUUAUGAUUGCAGUGUCUACUCUGACAAAAAGGAUCUCCCGACUAAGAAUGUAGAAUGUGCCCACGACUUCGUGGAUGAUCUGUUUUACUGUAAAUCCUGGGAGUGCCCGCCUCCCGACUGUCCCAAGGAUGAACAAGUUACGCAAUCCGAAGAAUCCUGUCCUGUCUGUCCAGAUACCUGCACAACUGGAGAUAGAAUAAUCAAGAAGGGAGAAUAUGUCACAUGUUUUGAUGGAGUCAACAGGUGUGGAUGUUUCAGCACAGGACAAGGGAUUACCACACUCAUGGGGACCAAUAAGUUCGACCUCUGUGGCGCACCACCUCCAUCAAUUUAAUUUAAAAAAGAAAUGGACUGUUUUCUGAUUUUAAAACUGAAUUUUAUAGGAAAAAUAUGGCUUGCAUUUUUCAUUUAAAAUAUCA